CAGCGUAAAUAUCACGUGAUUUCUGAGUGUCUGUCUGACAGUCCAAGUUAGAAUGAGUAUAUUAUAUUCAUUACUUUUUAUUGAACAUCAUUAAUUCGCUUUAUUGGUUACUCGGCUGCUGGUAGUUGGAUACACGGAGUUAAUUAAGUAAAAAAAUCAUCGAUUGUGUGUGUAUUUGGAAUUGUCUGAUCCAUGCGUGUGUUAAUUUAAAUAAUAAACUUCAGUUUAUUUCGAUUCGCAAGUUUUCCUAAUCUUUGGAAAUGGCUUUCGCAAAGACAUGUCUUUUUCUUAAAAAUAAGCUACAAAAUUUGAAUCGAGAACAUAUGAAGAGGUCUCCAAAAAUUCUGUUGGGUUUUAUGAUUAUUCCAGUUAGAAAUAUAUCUUGCCUAGAAGUAUCGAAAAAUAUGUCAUUGUUGUCAAAUGAAAAGAAAAACACUAAAGUCACCGAUUUUAAAUUAGAAAACGUUGACGACAAGCCUCUGGUAGUUUUGCUUUCAUGGCUGAUGGCGAAAAAGAAACAUACCUACAAAUAUGCCGAGAUAUAUAUCGAAAAAGGUUUUGACGUUUUAAACGUCAGCGUUAAUCCUUGGCAGUUUUUGUGGCCCGUAAAAGGAACCCAGGUUGUUGCAUCCGAUAUUUUAAAGUUCCUGGAUAAGAACCAAACUCUUAACCCAAUAAUUUUGCACGGUUUUUCGGUCGGCGGAUACCUAUGGGGCGAGGUAAUGGUAAAAAUGGCCCACAAACAGCACCAGUAUAAACGCAUUCUUGACCGAAUAGCGGGCCAAAUUUGGGACAGUGCUGCUGAUGUUACUGAAAUACACAAAGGAGUACCACCAGCAGUUUUUCCCAGGAAUAAAUUGAUGGCCAACGCUUUGGGUCAAUAUAUAUUAUAUCAUAUGCAAACAUUUGACAAGGUUGCAACGAGGCAUUAUAUAAGAUCAAGUCAAAUGUUCCAUACGAACUUGGUAAAAGCUCCGGCAUUAUUUUUGCUUAGUGAAACAGAUCCUAUUGGAACUGAAAUUUCCAACAAGAGAGUAAAGGAAAACUGGGAAAGCAUGGGGAUAAAGGUUUACUGGAAAUUGUUUGAAAAAUCUCCCCAUGUUGGACACUUCAAGAAGUAUCCUGAAGAAUACAGAGCUCAAAUUCACGGUUUCUUGAAUAAAAUUAACUUACAACAGUCUGUCCCUAAAAUGGAACAUUCGGAAUCUCAAAGGAUUAAGGUCAAACAGUGAUCCUUGAUCCAGGGACUUUGAACCAAUGCAAUUUUUUUCUUAAUUGUUAUCCCAUAAAACCUGUAAAUAAGUAAUGUGUAUUUGUUUAAAGUAAUCUAUUUCAUUAUAUAUUUUCAAAUUAAGAUGUACAUAAAUUAAAUUUAAAUAAUUAUUCAUGUAUUUGCACAUUUAUUAUGGUAAAAUUGUAAAUUGUUUUUUAUAAUCUGGAUCAUAAAUUUUGUUUAUUUUA